CACGAAUAGGUCAACGGACCUAAUCUAUUACAACACAUUUUCAGCUGCCUAGUUAUAAGCUCAUCGACGGCAUCCUACAAAGCAUUUCCAAGCUUCCUAAGUGAACAUCAUGAAACCUGGUGUGGGAUUUCUCCUCCUUGUUGUCGGUCUUGAAGUUGUUGCUGCAGAACUAGACAAAAUAAGACUUGACAGUCAUGGGAAUUUCGUGGAUCGACAUGGAAGAGUGAUGCUGUUUCAUGGGUUCAACGCAGUAACCAAAAAUCCACCAUGGUACCCAGAGGAGAUGACCAAUACCACCAAGCUGAAACUGUGGCAGAGUUGGGGAAUCAAUGUGGUCCGUCUAGGAGUUAUCUGGACCGGAGUGAUGCCCACCAAAGGAUAUGUAGACAAAAAUUACAUGAAGAAAAUUGGUGAAAUUAUCGAUCUGUGUGCUCAAUAUGAUAUUUAUGUACUCAUGGACAUGCAUCAAGACGCACUGUCAAGUGAAUUCGGCAUGUAUGAUGGCAUCCCACGAUGGCUUGUGGAUGAGGCCUGCAAGACCCCGUGGUGGCUCCAGUACCCUUGGCCCUAUUGGUCACGCCCAACUGAACGCUACUGGUUCAAGAACUAUCUCACUUAUUCGUGUGUGAAUUGCGCUCAGCAAAUGUAUGAAAAUACUUCGGGCAUCUGGACAUACUGGGGUGAUUAUUGGGAAGAAGUGGCCAAGACGUUUGGUAAUCGUUCGAAUGUUAUUGGCUAUGAGCUGAUUAAUGAACCUGUGACGGGAAAUUUUUACAAAGAUCCACGAAGAGCACUACCUGCAUACAUGGGGCGACGCUACCUUCUUCCUGUCUAUGAUUAUCUGGUCAGUCGAAUAAGAAAAUUCGAUACGGAAACACUAAUAUUCUACGAACCUCUCACCUACGCGAUCUUCUUCCCGCCAACGAUAUUCGGAUCUGGAACCGGAUUUAGCCGCGUGCCUGGUUCUUUGACUGAUCCAGAAGCCGCCAGAAAAAGCGUCUUGUCUUACCACUACUACUGUUGGCUAUUUCAGUUGGCCAAUCUUUCAAGAAAUAUGACGUUCAUAGAGAGAGCCAUUUGUGAUAUGUAUCUUAUUCCAGCCUCCUUUGAGAAUAGCGCCAGAGCCGUCAAACAGACUGGAGGUGGGCGAUUUCUGACGGAAUUCGGUUUCUGUGCGCCUGAUGGUAACCCGAAAUCGAUCAAUACUGUCGAGUGCAGUAACGUGUUGAACCAAGCCGACAAACAUUUCCAGUCGUGGGCAUACUGGGAUGGAAAUUUCUUUGAUGCAUCGGGAAAUCCGAUCCAAACACAUUUGAAUGCUUUCAGCAGAGUGUAUCCGUUGCGCACUUUGGGCGCCCCGAUCCGCUACAGUUUUGACCCAUCAACGGCAGACUUUUCAUAUUCCUUCCACUUGUCCUCAAUAGAAACCAAGCAGGAUCUUCUGGUUGCCGAUAUUUUUGUUCCGGUUCACAUUCAUUACCCGAAAACUCUGGUUCCUCAGGUCUUACCCACUUGGUUGAAUGUCACAUUAGAUGGCAACCAUCUCAAAGUGGUUGCGCCAGCCGGAACCAAGCAAACCUCCUCCAAGGUCAGCGUCUCCAUCUCCAAAUCCGGAUGUCCUACCGGCCAAGCGAUGUUUAACGUUCGUUCCGGCGUUCUAGGUCGCUGCGUCAAAACUACUGAUUGAUCAUCCGCCCAAAGAACAGAAAAAUCUACCUACUGCCAACUUAUUUGGAUACCGUACAAAAUCCAUCGAUGACUCUCAGUGUUUUGUCAUACGCACCGCUAAUUUAAAUUACUUGUAGCAACAGUGUGAUAAUUUUAACUUGUGCGACGAAUCGUUUUUUACUGGUAUUGUUGUUAUUUUACAAUGGUAUUCAAGGGAUGAUCACACCCGAUUGCCCCAUUGAAGCUCCGAGAACAUCAUCAAUAGUGAGCUAACAUGCACCGCAUAUCACUCACCCAUGCAUUGAUAUCAACUAACUCACAAAAAUAUCUGCUUUGAGGCCG